AAUAAAAUACUCGUAAAAAUGUCGGUUGUAGCAGUGCUGAAGAAAUUUUAUAACGAGUACAAAAAAAGUACACCGAAGAAACUCAAAAUAAUUGAUUGUUAUUUGCUAUACAUUUUACUAACCGGUGUCAUACAAUUUGUAUAUUGUUGCCUGGUUGGCACAUUUCCAUUUAAUAGUUUUUUAAGUGGAUUCAUUUCAUGUGUAUCAUGUUUUAUUUUAGCAGUUUGCUUGAGACUACAAGUCAACCCACAAAACAAAACUCAAUUCUAUGGAAUAAGCCCAGAACGUGGAUUUGCUGACUUUAUAUUCGCACAUAUUAUUCUUCAUCUUGUUGUUAUGAACUUCAUUGGAUAAUUUUAUAUAAUAAGUAUAAAAAAUAACUAACUAUAACAACAGACUUGAUUUAAUACAAGUACACUAAUCAAUAUAAAAAAAACUUAUUUACACUUUUUGUAACAAUGAAAUAAAUUUAUAAAAAUUAAUCAUUUAUUUACUAUUGUUCUUCAUUAGUUUAACAGAAUACAUUGCAGACAGAGUUGCGAAUUCUUUAAUGAGAAUAUUUGCAAUUAAAAAUUUAAUUUUUAAUCCGUAAUUGAAAUUAUAUUGAAUAAUAAUACGAAAUUAAUUUUUAAUUCUCCAACUUAAAUUAAAAAUUUUAAAAACAUUCUUAAUUUGUUGUUUUUGGAUUAUGAAAUAUAAAAAAAAAAUUUAAUUGAAGCACUAAUGCAAUUAUAAAUUUAAUGCGCUAUUUGAAACCCUGAUUGCAGAAGUCUCAAUAAACUCUUUUGCACACCUCGAACGCGAAGCGCAGAGGUAGUGAUCUACUGUCGUCAAAUGUCAAAGCAGGGUUGUUGUUAUUUUUAAUUAUAUUAUUAUAAAAAUCAUAUGUAAGAAAAAUGUCUAUCAUAAUUUUUAAAUAAAACUUUUGUCUACUCAAA